UACAGAUGGUCCUCUAACUGAUAAUGCAGUUAUAUCCAGAUAAGCCCAUUGCUCAAUUGCCAGUGCACUUAAUGCAUCUUAGCAAUAUAGUGCACUAUAUAGUAUCAGUUAUUUCCCCUCAUGAUCACGUGGCUGCUGUGAGGCUGAAGCUCACUGCUGCUGCUCAGCACUGCUCAAGAGUAACGACUGUAUCCUUAUCCUGGAAAAGAUCAAAAUCCAAAAGUUCAUCUGUGAUUUCUACUGAAUGCAUGCUGUUCUCAUACCACUGUGAAGUUGAAAAUCAUAAAUUGGGGAAUGUCUAGCUCUCUGUUACACAAGUGAUAAAAUUAAGAAUCAGGAAAUUAAAACCGCCAUAGGAUUCUUGUAUUCUAUACAACAGGGUGAGAAUGGCAAUUUCAGGUGACAAUGGAAAAUAACAUAUUUUGUAAUUUUUAAGGUUAAUAACUAAAAGAAUGAUAUAGAAAGUUAAAGCAAAAUAGUAAAAGAGAUAUGUAGUGAUGAAAGUGCUUGUUUAAUGCAAAUAAAGUCAGAAAAGCGGGAAAUAAGAGAUAAAGAAGGAUCUAUGUCACCAAAAUUUUUAAAAUCUUGAUUAUGGGGUCCUCCUGGAUUGCGAACAUGGCCGCGCGGUCGCUGUGGGCGGUCCGGCGGCGGGUGCAGCGCCUGCUGACCUCGAGUGCUGCGCGGGAGAACAGAGGAUGGCUGCCGCCAUUCAGCACUGCCACCCAGAGAACUGCUGGUGAGGACUGCAGUUCCGAGGACCCUCCAGAUGAGCUUGGGCCAUCUCUUACUGAACGAGCCCUAAGGCUAAAAGCUGUGAAACUGGAAAAGGAAGUCCAGGAUUUAACAAUAAGAUACCAGAGAGCUGUGGCUGACUGUGAAAAUAUAAGGAGGCGGACCCAGAGAUGUGAAGAUGCCAAGAUAUUUGGAAUCCAGAGUUUCUGUAAGGACUUGGUGGAGAUGGCGGACAUUUUGGAGAAGACUACUGAGUGCAUUUCUGAAGAAACAGAGUCUGGGGACCAGACACUCAUUCUGGAGAAGGUCUUUCGGGGGCUGUCACUCCUAGAAGCAAAGCUGAAAAGUGUGUUUGCCAAGCAUGGCCUGGAGAAGAUGGCACCCAUCGGUGAUAAAUACGACCCUCAUGAGCAUGAACUCAUCUGUCACGUGCCAGCUGGCGUUGGGGUGCAGCCUGGCACGGUGGCAUUAGUAAGACAAGAUGGCUACAAACUUCAUGGUCGCACCAUUAGACUUGCCCAGGUAGAAGUGGCAGUGGAGUCUCAGAGAAGACUAUACAUGGGCCAUCAAGGAACUGCAUGUUCUCCCAGAGCACAGCCACCUUUGUUUCCUUAUUUAUUAAACUAGGUUUGUAUUGUACAU